AGAGAGAGACAGAGAGAGAGAGGGAGAGAGAGAGAGAGAGAGAGAGAGACUAGAGCAGCCAGACGUCUGCUGGCUGUUUAGUCGCCGGUCACACGGCGGACGAAACAGAACCUUUAGAAAUAGUUUAAUUCAGCGUCCAAACUCCUCCUAGAUAGAUAGAUAUAGUAGUUGGGAGGAAAAGGAGGUUAAUGAGUUUAAAUGUUCCUACUUGAUGGGCGUCUUGAACGCAACAACCGCCAAUGUCUCGUGCGCGUGUGACUGCACGCGCCUCAGCUCCGUGCACGUCAUGGACAUCUUUUUUGAGACUUCAGAUUUGGAAGUUGGAAUAUCAACAUCCAGGAGGAAGACCACUAUGCAGCCUUCAUCAGGGACUCACAACCACGACAACUGUGUGCAGACACAACUGUGUGCCCAGCUGGAGUUCGUCCAGAUCCUGGUGAUCGUAGUGGUGAUGAUGGUGAUGGUGGUGGUCAUCACCUGUCUCCUCAACCACUACCGCCUGUCAGCGCGCUCGCUGCUCUCCAGGCACGCCUCCACGCGCAGGAGGCACCUGACGCUGGCACACCAGGAGGCGGGCCUGUGGAGUUCGGAAGGGGCGGGACCAAGUGGCGUUUUGAAUGAGCAGCAGGCAUUCAACCCCCGACCCCCGGACAGAGGGACCCCCGCGUCCUACCUGCUGCGGGAUCCUCAGCAUGGUCCGCCACAGCGCUUCCAGAACACCUAUUCUGCGGGGCGCUUCCAGCCCACGUACCCCUACCUGCCCCAGGACCUCAUCGACCUCCCCCCCACCAUCUCCCUAUCGGACGGGGAGGAGCCUCCGCCCUACCAGGGUCCCUGCACCCUGCAACUCCGAGACCCGGAGCAGCAGAUGGAGCUGAACCGCGAGUCAGUGCGAGCGCCGCCCAACCGGACCGUCUUUGAUUCACACCCCCUGGACCCGCCCACUUCCUGCAUGCACGCCAGUCUACAGGCCCCUCCCCCAAGUGUGCAUGCCGGCAUCAGUGCGGUGGAGGCGCAGGAGGCGGCCCGGCAGCACAAGCAGGAAGGCGCUCCCCCCACCUACAGCGAGGUGAUUGGACACUACUACCACCCCAGGGCUCCGCCUCCCGGCCACGGCCAUCAGGUGCCGCAAUCCUCGCUCAUGCACGGCGUCCUCCGACUGCCGCUGUCAGCAAGCGUGGACAGGCAGAACGCCCGAAACGCAAAAGAGAAAUCCUAGAAUCCUCGGCAAGCGCUCCGAGGUCAUGCUAGCACCGCUGGUCAGUAACCAUGACGACCAACCGUCACUGAUUGGUUGGAAUACGAGCUGAGACGAUAAGAGAACCUUCAGUACUUCCUGUUUCGCAGAAUUCUUCCUGACAAUGCAGGUGGAGUUUGAGGCCUCCUUUCUUCAGACUCGUCUCAUCUUGAAGCUAAAUAUUCACGUCUUCUUUUCCUUUCACAACUUUUCGUUUUGUUUUUGUUUUCACCCACGGUAGUUCUGUUCUGGCCGGGAGCACCCGUACAUGCUAGCAUGCGGCCGUGUUAGCACACACAAUCCUUUCUAGAAAAGUCUUGGACUGUGUCUCAAAUCGAAUACUUCCAUCAGGACACUUUGUAACUAUACUGUGUACUUAGGUAGGACACAUGUUCUUAAGUGUGCAUGUGUUGAGUGUACGUUGUUGCGCACUGACGCAAUAUUUACAAUAGUUACGUACUUCUUCUUCUUCUCUCCUUUUUAAUAAUGAAUUGCAACCACUCAACUUAGACCCUCAGCUUUCAGUACAUAGCCAAGAUUGUAGGGUGACCACAAUGGGCUACUCACAUGAUACUCCAAGUUGACCUAAAGAUGCCUUAUAAUUUCACUAAAUAAAUAAAAUAAAAUGUUUUUAAAAUUAUAUAUAUAUAUAUAUAAUGUAGUUUCAUUUACUAUAUGUAUUUGUAAUUAAUUAUAAAUUCAUUAAUUUAAUGUAAAUAUUAAAAUAAUAAUAACAUAUAAUAAGAAUACAAAAAUAAAAAUACGAUCUAUAACCAAAGGCACAAAUUCACAUAAGAUUCUCAGAAGUUACUCAAUAUGUUUUAUUAUGGCUAAUAUAAUCUCUUUUUCAUCAGUUUUAAUUGUGUAAAAAUAACACUUAAAUCUCUGGAAUGAGAAAACAAUAGAAAUAAUGUCUCCUCUGUAUAUUAUAGCGCUCUUUUCAAGUUUUACUGGACAACUAAAAAAUGUGACAUAAUAUCAGCUAAUGUGGUGGCUAAAACAAUGAAAACCAGGACAUUUUCAUCACUUUCUCAAAAAUAACAGAACAGCAAAGGACAGGACAUGAAAACAAUACAAAACAGGACAUGUCCUGGGAAAACAGGACCUCAGUCACCCUGCAAGAUGGCAACUAUUGAGUGUGGUAAGUGUCCAUCGCUGCACACUCGACAUCAUGUCGUACCGCUCAGCGUGACACACUUAUGCACUCAAACAAAUAAGUGCAAGUACGCAAGUGCUCGAAUUGAGACACAGCCCUGGCUCCCGUUUACUAGCUUAGCGGUGUUAGCACGUGCUAAGCGCUCUGCCUUAAUGUUCACCAACAGACGCUAACGAGCUAGCUCAUGAGAUGUUUUCGCCAGAAGGUUUGCACAAAGUUGACCGCACACAAAGGAAACUCCUCCACGUGGUUUUCGAAUCAGUAAAGACGCUUUUUGUUGUGUUUGCCUUUUUACGUGUUGUUCGUUGUAGACAAAAGACUGUUCACAUCCCAUCUGCUGCAGACGUGGCAGAAACUUAAAAGCACCAGUUAGACUUAUUUAUAUGAUUGCCGAAAAGAAUUGCACUAUAUUUUUGUUUUGGUAUGCGCAGAUGGAAGGUGUGAGAGAGACUUUUAUUGUGAAGGAGCUCUGUCGAUUGGGGACGGAACACGAGAGAGACCUGAACCCAGCAGAGGGUCUCGCGCCAUUUUGGCUGGGGCGCAUCGGACACUUUUUAUUUAUUCAAGAUUCAAGAUUCAAGAGAGUUUUAUUGUCAUGUGCAUGGUAAAACAGCAGUUAUACCAUGCAAUGAAAAUCUUAUUCUGUUCAUUCUCCCAAGAAAAGAAAGAAAACAAAUGAAAGAAUAAGAACAUAAGAAACAUAAACACAUAAACAUAUAUACCAAUAAAUUAAGCAACAACAACAGACGAGACAUUAAUACAAGCAAAUAAUACAAAUAAAUAAAUAAAUAAAGUGCUAUGAGUGUGUGCGUGUGUUGCGUGCGGCGUGUGCGAGUGCUUCGUUGAGGAGCCUGAUGGCCUGUGGGUAAAAACUGUUUGCCAGCCUUGUGGUCCUGGACUUCAAACUCCUGUAGCGUCUGCCUGACGGUAGGAGUGUGAAUAGUGAGUGUUGUGGAUGUGUGCUGUCCUUGAUGAGGUUGUGUGUUCUUCGUAGGACUCUAGAUUUAUAAAUGUCUUGCAGUGUGGGGAGGGCUGCCCCAACAAUGUUCUGUGAGGUCUUGAUCACCCGCUGGAGUGCCUUCCUAUCACGUGUUGUACAGUUACCGUACCAAACAGUGAUGGAGGCGGUAAGGACACUUUCGAUAGUGCAUCUGUAGAAGCAACUCAGGAUUGUGGUGGACAUGCCAAAUUUCCUCAGUCUUCUCAGGAAGUACAGUCUCCUUUGGGACUUCUUCAGAAUUUGUUGGGUGUUGUGAGACCAGGUGAGGUCCUCGCUGAUGUGUGUGCCAAGGAACUUGAAGGUUUUCACCCUCUCCACCUCAGUCUCAUCAAUAAACAGGGGUCUAUGCGGCUCCUUUUCCCUUGUUCUUGGGUCGAUGAUCAUCUCUUUAGUCUUAUCUGUAUUGAGAAGGAGAUUGUUAUCACGACACCAAGCUAUGAGGUCCGCCACCUCUCUUCUAUAUGAUGUUUCAACACCACCAGUGAUCAGUCCGAUGACUGUAGUGUCAUCUGCGAAUUUAAUGAUGCUGGUGUUGUUCUGGGAGGCCACGCAAUCGUAGGUGAAGAGCGUGUAGAGGAGUGGACUCAGCACACACCCCUGUGGGGUCCCAGUGCUCACAAUUCUUGAGCUGGAUGUGCGGUUGUGGACUCUGACUGACUGGGGCCUGCCUGUGAGAAAGUUAAACACCCAGUUACAGAGGGAGGGAGACAGGCCAAGUGUGAGGAGCUUAUCUGUGAGUUUGUGGGGGCUGACUGUAUUGAAUGCAGAGCUAUAGUCUAUAAAUAGCAUUCUGACGUAUGUGUCCUGGCCCUGUAGGUGAGAAAGGGCUGUGUGGAUGGCAGUGUUGACUGCAUCAUCCGUGGACCGGUUCUGGCGAUAUGCAAACUGUAGAGGGUCCACGGUUGCCGCCGGGAUGCUCUUUUUGAUGUGGGUCAUGACUAAUCUUUCAAAGCACUUCAUAACAAUAGGAGUGAGUGCUUUGUGCAAAAGUCUGAGUCCACAUGCACACACACACACACACACACACACACACACACACUUUUUCUUGGAUUUGACGUACGCCAGGGUUGUCCAAAGUGGGGGCUUUUGUCAGAUUGUUACAGUGUAUUCCAUGCUAUGUGGGAACUAAUCAAACCCACACACACACACACACACACACACACACACACACACACACAUACCUCGCUACAUAU